UCCGCCAUUUUCUGGAAAAAAAACCAAACAGCCGCCCCUUAUUCCUCCAUCAUCUCCAAACAGACUCCCCUUCUCAAAAUAAAAACAAACCACACCCUAGCCGCUCCAUCACAGACCUCCUUCAUUAAAACAAGGUUAUCUGGAAAAGAAAGCUGUUUCGAAGCCUUGCUCCUACAUUUGGUAUUUCUGGAAAGUUAAAGGGUCUUUUGGGCUGUUGGAAGUAUUUUUUUUUUUUGGAGCUUGCUGAUUUUCUCUGCCGAUUGUUGCUGGGGAUUGUUAACUGAGCUUCAUCUUCUGCUUCUAAGCUUUAUUUGGUUAUUCCUUGUUGGUGAAUUCAUCUCUAGUGAUAUCAAUCUUGGGAAAUGGCGAGCUUGAUAUCGCAGAAUGCUUCUCAUACCAUCGGGGUUGAAAAGUCUAAAAGGAAGGCUAAGAAGGAAGUAAGUGAGAAAGAAAGUAAUAGGAAGAGAAAGAAAGAGCAAAAUGAAGAGAAUGAUGAAUUAGAAGUCGAGCAGGAGAAGGAAAUGAAGAAGCUUGAGAACUUAUUGUUUGGCUCCUUGUACAACCCUGUUGGGUUCGGGAAGGACGAUGAAGAAGAAAAGAGAAAUGAUGGCGAAAACGAUUCUGCUAUGUUCUUUGUGGACCGGUUUGCGGAUAGUGCGUUGUCUGUUUAUGAGGGGGAUGCACAGCUGGUGCCACAAGGUAUCCACAUUGUGGGAAAGGAGGAGCGGAAACCGGUGUGGGUAGACGACGAAGAAGAGAAGACUAGUAUCAAAAUAGCAAGUGUGAACAGAUUGAGGAAGCUGAGGAAAGAAGAGGGUGAGGAUGUCAUAUCUGGUUCCACGUACGUGGCGAGACUAAGGGCUCAACACGCUAAACUUAAUCCAGGCACUGAAUGGGCCCAAAUUGAUUCUCAAGGCAGAAGCUACAGUUCUGAUGAUGAAGAUUCUGACGAGGAAAGUAAACAUACUGAGGGCUACUGUUCAAAGAAUAUCAAGUUGGUCGGUGAUAUUCUUCAAUCAAACGAAGAUCUUGUUGUCAAAAGUCGCACAAAGUUGUUACCUGGGCUUCUUGAAUAUUCGAGACUGGUUGAUGCAAAUGCACCUGAUCCUUCAAAUGCACCAAUAAAUUCUGUUCAGUUCCACAGGAAUUCUCAGUUGCUCCUUGUUGGUGGGUUGGAUAAAAAACUCAGAUUUUUUCAGAUUGACGGGAAACGAAAUACAAAGAUACAGAGCAUCUUUCUUGAGGAUUUUCCAAUUAAAAAGGCGUCUUUCCUACCCAAUGGGUCUCAAGUUAUUGUAUCAGGAAGAAGAAAGUUCUUUCAUGUCUUAGACUUGGUCAAAGCAAGUGUAGAUAAAAUAGGUCCUCUAGUCGGCAGGGAAGAAAAGAGCCUGGAAAGUUUUGAGGUUUCUCCUGAUUCAGAUACAAUUGCUUUUCUUGGUAAUGAAGGAUACAUUUUGCUAGUUUCCUCCAAAACAAAGGAGCUAAUUGGGACACUGAAAAUGAAUGGAACUGUUCGCUCAGUGGCUUUCACCAAUGACGGACAACAAUUAUUGAGCUCUGGUGGAGACGGCCAGAUUUACCAUUGGGAUUUGAGAACAAGAACUUGCAUUCAUAAAGGUGUUGAUGAAGGGUCCAUAAAUGGUACAGCUCUUUGUACUUCACCAAAUGGUAGUUUGUUUGCUGCUGGUUCAGACAGCGGGAUAGUAAAUAUUUAUAACAGAGAAGAGUUUUUGGGCGGAAAGAGAAAACCAAUCAAGGCGUUUGAGAAUCUCACAACGAAAGUGGAUUUUAUGAAAUUUAAUCAUGAUUCUCAAAUAUUAGCCAUCAGUUCUAGCAUGAAGAAAAACAGCUCAAAGCUAAUUCACAUUCCAUCAUUUACAGUUUUUUCAAACUGGCCUUCUCCAAAUCGAGCCGUGCACUAUCCGCGCUGUUUGGAUUUUAGUCCUCAUGGAGGAUUCAUGGCUAUGGGAAAUGCUGAAGGAAAAGUGUUACUGUACAAGUUGCAUCACUACCAUGAUGCAUAGUUUGUUUGUUUAAUACUGUUGCCAUUAUGAGCUACAGAUGUUUUUGUUAGUGUAGGAUGGAGUUCAAAGGCAUGAUUUCCUUUCAAAUUUUGAUGUAACAGUAUUAUUUGAAGUAUGGCAAGAUUAUCUCUGUGAUUUUGUUAAUUUUAGCAAAUGGUUUGCUUUUAGCAGAGAAUUCUUCAAGUGGUAAAGACUGAAUGGUUCUCUCUAAUUCCUAGUUUGGGUUACUAUUGAUGCACUUUUGUGCAAAUUACG